ACUGAUCGCGACUAGUAACCAAAGAUGUUAAAACCAUAGUAUCAUGCGCUGUGAAGUCUUGAUGUUUAUUAUUACUGUACCGUGGUGUUUUUGAAGUUUGUGAGUGAUGUCCUUAGAACAGACAGCUUGUGAAGACCUGAAAGCGUUUGAGCGGCGAUUGACGGAGGUUAUUGCUUGCCUUCAGCCGUCCACCAUACGAUGGAGAAUCCUGCUGGCAGUGAUAUCCGUUUGCACAGCAGUGGGUGCAUGGCACUGGCUAACGGACCCCGUCACAGCAUCUGUGUCGUUUAUGCAGUCUUUGUGGAACCAUCCGUUCUUUACGCUUGCUAGCAUUUCAUUAGUGAUUCUGUUUUUCCUUGGCAUCCAUAAACGAGUGAUUGCCCCAUCCAUUAUAACAGCAAGGACUAGAGCAGUUUUGGGAGAUUUUAAUAUGUCAUGUGAUGACACGGGGAAACUAAUUCUAAAACCUCGGCCAACAGCUACCUGACUAGUUCCUAUCGACAAAGACUGUUCUCACAGUGUUGGUGUUUUUUAGAUGUGUAAAGUGAUUCCCUCUGCUGUUGCCACUUGAAAUGACUAUACAAAAUUGUAAAUAUUGCCUUUUAAAAUAGAUAUAAAUAUAAGGACUGUGAUUUUAGAAAUAUAAUUUUGUGAAGGUUU